AGCUAAGGGUAGUGGUGACUAUUUUUCUCUCUUACAAAUUCAUCCAUAGAAAAAUAUAUCCAACCUCAUCCUUACCAACUCCAAAAUCAAGCAUAUAUAUAACUACAUCUACAUAUUAAACAAGAUUGGUCAUUGAGAAAGAGAAAAGAAUAAAAAAACAAGCACAUAACAAUAUGGCUAUUCUUCUAAUAGCUAUACCCAUCUCAAUUAUAGUGAUCCUCAUCACAUACAAUCUCUACUACAGCCUCAGAUACAAGCUCCCACCAGGCCCAAGACCCAAGCCCAUAGUCGGAAAUCUCUACGAUAUAAAACCGGUAAGGUUCCGAUGUUUCGCGGAGUGGGCCCAAUCAUAUGGGCCCAUUAUAUCAGUUUGGUUUGGGACCACUCUAAACGUCGUCGUUUCCAACUCGGAACUGGCUAAAGAGGUUCUGAAAGAACAUGACCACAAACUCGCCGACCGGCACCGGACCAGAUCGUCGGCGAGGUUCAGUAGAGACGGGAAGGAUCUUAUUUGGGCCGAUUAUGGGCCUCACUAUGUUAAGGUGAGAAAGGUUUGUACACUUGAGCUUUUCACACCUAAGAUGCUUGAAGCUCUAAGGCCAAUUAGGGAAGAUGAGGUUAUGGCCAUGGUUGAAUCUAUUUUCAGAGACUCUGUCAAUCCUGAAAACCAUGAAAAAAGUUUACCAGUGAGGGAUUUUCUAGGGGCAGUGGCUUUCAACAACAUUACAAGGCUAGUGUUUGGGAAACAGUUUAUGAAUUCGGAAGGCGAGAUAGACGAGCAAGGAAAAGAGUUCAAAGCAAUAGUGGGAAAUGGGAUUAAGUUAGGGGCAUCCCUAAACAUGGCUGAACACAUUGAUUGGGUACGUUGGAUGUUCCCAAUAGAAGAAGAGGCAUUUGCCAAACACGGUGCUAGAAGAGAUAGACUCACUAAGAUGAUUAUGGAUGAACACACUCUAGCUGGCCAAACAAGUGAUGAUUCUUCCAAACAGCAUUUUGUGGCUUCCUUACUCACCUUGAAGGAUAAGUAUGAUCUUAGUGAGGAUACAGUUAUUGGUCUUCUUUGGGAUAUGAUUACAGCAGGAAUGGACACUACAGCAAUAUCAGCCGAAUGGGCCAUGGCUGAAGUAAUCAAGAACCCAAGAGUCCAACAAAAGGCCCAAGAGGAGUUGGAUCGGGUUAUCGGUGUGGAUCGGGUUAUGACCGAAAAUGAUUUCUCAAAAUUACAUUACUUACAAUGUGUAGUUAAAGAAGCACUACGGUUACACCCUCCAACACCACUCAUGCUUCCACACAAGGCUAAUGCCAAUGUCAAAAUUGGUGGCUACGACAUUCCAAAGGGCUCUAUAGUCCAUGUCAACGUCUGGGCCGUGGCCCGUGACCCCGCGGUGUGGAAAGACCCACUCGAAUUUCGACCCGAAAGGUACCUUGAAGAAGAUGUUGACAUGAAGGGUCAUGAUUAUAGGCUACUACCAUUCGGGGCGGGUCGUCGGGUUUGCCCGGGAGCUCAACUUGGUAUCAAUUUGGUUACUUCUAUGAUGGGUCACUUGUUACACCAUUUCAGUUGGAGCCCAUGUAAGGGAAUUAAGCCAGAAGAUAUUGACUUGACUGAAAAUCCAGGAAUGGUUACUUACAUGAAAAGCCCAUUACAAGCAAUUCCUACUCCAAGGCUACCUUCCCACUUAUAUAAACGUGAGGCUAUUAAUGUGUAGUGUCUCAAUUUUCAAUUUAUGUUAUGAAAUAGUAUUUACCCAAUUAUCAAAAUUUUAUCGUGGGGUUAAGGCUUUUGUAGAUACUAUCACUCACAUACGAGCAAUCUGAGACAAAACACACAUAAAUUUCGUUUUUUUGAUAAUGUUAUGUUGUUGUUACUUUUCAUUUUUCACAUGUUCACUUGUGUUUAAAUUCUAGUUAAAAUUUUAAACCAAAAUUGUACAAUAAUAAAUUGAGUAAAAUUAAAUAACAAGCAGCAGAGCCCUUUGGUUGA